UUGGCGGUAAUAAAGUUUCAAUAUUAAAUCGAAUAUUUUAACAUGGUUGAAGAUAAAAAUCAAAGUGUAGAAUUAACAGAUCAUGAAGCUGAGUUAUAUGAUAGACAAAUUCGAUUGUGGGGUUUAGAAUCACAAAAACGAUUACGAGCAGCAAAAAUUUUAUUAAUAGGCUUAAAUGGCUUUGGAGCAGAAAUAGCAAAAAAUAUCAUUUUAGCAGGUGUUAAAUCAGUUACAUUUUUAGAUCAUAGAAAUGUCACAAUUGAAGAUCGAUGUUCACAAUUUUUAACACCCAAAGAAUUAAUAGAAAAGAAUAGAGCUGAGGCAUCUAUACAAAGGGCACAAAAUUUAAAUUCUAUGGUUAACAUCGAAGCAGACACAUCUAAUAUUGAUGAUAAACCAGACACAUAUUUUAGUAACUUUGAUGUUGUUUGUGCAACACAAUGUACCAUUACACAAAUAAAUAAAAUUAAUGAAGCAUGUAGAAAGCAUAAUGUGAAGUUUUUUACUGGAGAUGUAUGGGGAACGUUAGGUUAUACUUUUGCUGAUUUAAUGACUCAUGAAUAUGUAGAAGAUGUAGUACAAACUAAAAAAGUACAAAUCUCAGAAAGUGGUGAACCUAUGCAAAAGGAAAAAUUUGAAAACAUAACUGUAACCGAAAAACAUGUAGAUACCUUUGUACCUUUUAAAUCAAUUUUAAAUGUUGCAAAAUCUUCUCUUCCUAAAGACUCAGAAAUAUAUUAUAUGUUACUAAUAAUGCUCAAUUAUCGUGAAAAAUAUGGCAAAGAUCCAUCUCCUAGUGAAAGAGGUUCUGAAAAAUUUAAAGUUGAAGCUUCUACAAUUAUUAAAAAAUUUGAUCUUGAGGAUAAAAUAAAUCAUUUAGUCGAAGGUGAUAUAUAUGCUCAAGUUAGUCCAGUUUGUGCUAUUGUUGGAGGCAUUAUGGCUCAAGAGAUAAUUAAAACGGUUUCACAAAAAGGUGCUCCACAUAAUAAUUUAUUCCUUUUUAAUCCAGAUACUUUGUGUGGAAAAAUUUUGAGAUUGGGUCAAUAAUUUUUUUGCAGGAUGGUAUGUCGAAAUACCUUUUUAUAUUAAUUGUCAGGAUUAUUAUUUUCAUAAUUAUUCAGUCCAUGUUUCU